UUUGCGUCUGACAGCGGUUAGAAUUUUGGAAAAGGUGUCACAAACGGAUUAUUUCCAAAAUGAUCGCGACGGAAAUGGAAACUUCGGGUCAUCUAGGAUUCGAGGAAAGGCCUAAGCGAAUGAGACUCGACCCAAGAUGUCGACACUACGACGCGAACGGAGUGUCACACCGUUCGCUAGACAUCGGUGGCGUAAUUGCCGUUCUGAGUAAAUAUCAAGAUUAUGAUGGAGGGAUCAACUGCAGUAUCUGUGGUAAACUAUACAAGAGCAGGGUGUGUUUUGUGAAACACCUGUGGGAGCAUACAAUUUACUGGGAUCAGUUUCCAGGCGACAAAAACCAGGACCGGGUCCUGUCCAUCCAGGCCGCCCUCAUCCUGUUUCUCACAGUCCAUGGAGACGCGGUGCAGGAUAGCAGUAUUCUCACUCACCUGCUCGUCACGGCACCGAAUGAGAAACGUCCAGAGGACGCACCCACCUCGCCAACAUCGUCACCAGAGAAGCGAAGACCUCGAACACCCAAGAAAAAUCCAUCAAAUAUUUCACCACUUAAGAGAAAAAAAUCUUUCGAUCUCUGAAUUAUAGGGAUUAAUUUACUUUUGACAAAAACAGAUUAUCUGCAUGACUUCAGAGAAAUCCUUCAAACAUUUUCAGUAAUGAAGAAAAAUGUUCAAAAGGCUUCCUAAGUUCUCUGAGAAGGGUUCUUUUUAUAUGCCCUGUUGAUGCAGACUUUCCUGCAUGAGAUGUGUUGGUGUAUUGAGAGAUGCUGGAUAGUACAAGUUGUAUGACUUUUCUGAGAUGUGUUUGUGUAUUAAUGCGGGACAGUACAAGUUAUGUGACUUUCUGAAAUGUGUUCGUGUAUUAAUGCGGGACAGUACAAAUUAUAUGACUUUUCUGAAAUGUGCUUCACUUGGGAAAUGCUGGCCAUUACAAUUUCUUGUAUUAGAUUUUUGUUAGGAAGUAAUGACUGUCUUCGUCAUAAUUUCAUUUUUUUUUUUUUUUUUUCUUGCAAUAACGUUAAUUGUACAAUGGUUUGCAUUUAACCUCGGAUUCUAAAGAAUGACGUAGAUGGGCUUAUUAUUACCGAACACAAUAAAAUAGAAUAAGGUUGUUAUUUUAGUAGCAGUGGUGUGCUUAUUCUUAGACAUAGCCUUAUUUCUGGAUAGAUACAGUACAUAGUGACAUAUCAAAGAAAAUUCAAAUUCAAAAUGGUGUUGGAAUUUACAAUAAAAACAAUUCAAAAUACUGUUGGAAUUUGCGAUACAAUAACAACAUCGGGGUGGGAGGGUUGAACUAUGUCGACUGGCCCCUUUUCUCUAGAAUAUGAAAACUAGAAAUAGAAUGGACGAUCAUGAGCUAUUUAAUAAUUUUGGUUUCCUUGGAUACAGUUUCAAAUAGGGGGAGAUAAUCUAGUAUAGGAAUUCAGCUGGACAAUUCUUGACAAAGUUAAAAUAAUGGGUUGGUGGCCAGUCCAGGAAAGUUCUAAGUGAAGUGUUUCAAUUUUAAAUGUCUCAGAAUAUUUAGACAGUUUAAAUUUUCAAUGUUCUCAGAAUUAUCAAUACAAAGUUGGUAUUAUUUGCAUUUUUCUGCAAAAUAUUAUCUACUAACUUGAAAAACAUUUAAGUAUUCUUGAAGUGCUGUUCGAAAUUUCUAAUCAAUUACGGACUGAACUCUGAAAUUUUAUCAUUUCUUUGUUUUAAACUUAUCAUGAUGUUGUUGAUAAGUUGUCAUUUCAUUGAUGAUCUUAUUUUUUCUACAAUUCCUGGUGUUAACAUGUGUACAGUUUGUAAGUUUCCGUGUAAUAGGAGUGAUUCAGUGGUGAAAACAGUGGAUGCAAUAUUGGAAGUUACCUUGAAUUUUUUUGUUAUGUAUAUAAACAUUUAUAUUGAUUUUUUGCCAGAUUUGUGUUUGGAGGGACGCCCCUUGUUUCCUACGGAUAAUUUCCAGGGCGAUUUUUGUUCAACUGGUGCUAAUAUAUGUGUU